CAAGCUCAAAUAAACAAGAGACAGAGGCUCUACGCAUGCGCUGUUAAAGUAUACGUCAGCUCUUCUUCAUUAACAAGCUCCUCCGAGCUACGUGGCCUUCACUCCUCUGACUGUAUCUUCGUCUAACACGACCUCAGCCUAGCCUUAACACCAUGGAUCAGGUAAUGCAGUUUGUCGAGCCGAGCCGGCAGUUCGUCAAAGACUCAAUAAGGCUCGUAAAGAGAUGCACAAAACCCGACAGAAAAGAAUUUCAGAAGAUUGCCAUGGCCACAGCGAUUGGAUUUGCCAUUAUGGGUUUCAUCGGUUUCUUCGUCAAACUCAUCCACAUCCCCAUCAACAACAUCAUUGUUGGUGGUUAAAUUCUCGUCAAACAAACUACAAAACCCGGGGACAGGAGACUGGUGCAAAGUGUUAUUGGGCUGGUGUGAAAGGAGACUUGAGGGAUGGCAUUUUUUACAUUCUGUGCACAACAUUGAUAUUUCGCUGUGUAAAUAAAACGAUGGAAACCCACAGAA